CCGGACGGGUGGCGGCCGCCGCGAUGUGACAUGGAUGUCCUAGGCUUUGCCUGCGCCCUUGCCGCCGCAGCCCUUUACCGCAACACCCUCGAUGCCGGAUUCGUAUACGACGAUCGAAGGGCCAUCCUGACGAAUCCUGACCUCCUUCCGGCCACACCUUGGUCUAAACUCCUCGAGGAUGACUUCUGGGGUACUCCGUUGAAGGAAAGAGGGUCUCACGGUAGCUACCGACCCUUUUGCGUCGCCACCUUUCGCCUAAAUUACUUGGCCGGCGGUCUAGAUCCCUGGGGUUACCACCUGGUCAACGUCGCACUUCACGCCGCAUGCGCUGGUCUCGUCGUCAGGGCUGCCAGAAAGGUUCUUCCGGGACAAAGUUUAGCGCACGCGAUGGCCGGCCUCCUCUUCGCGGUGCAUCCGGUUCACAGCGAAGCCGUGGCUGGAAUUGUUGGCCGAGCCGAUCUUCUGGCUUGUCUUUUCACCCUGGUGGCCUUCCUCGCCUACGCGGCGCAUCGCGAUGACGCCCGGAAGCCGGCGCCCCUCUUCCUGACUCUGAUCGCCUCUGCCUUGGCGACCCUUGCCAAAGAGACCGGUAUCGCCUCCUUGGCUCUCUGUCUACUCUGGGAAUUUUGUCGAGGCGAGCCACGGCGAAAGGGAACCAGAUGGACCCGCCGUCGGAGCGUCGGCCUCGUCACCGGGACCCUGGUCCUCCUUCUGAUUGUUCGGCUUCGGGUCGGAGGCUCACCCCCGGAAUUUGCGACGGCUGACAACCCCACAGCAAGGCACCCUUCUCGCUUCGCCAGGGGGUUGACCUUCCUCUAUUUGCCGGCGGUGAACGCCAGGAUGCUGCUCUGCCCCAGCACCCUUAGUUUCGACUGGUCGAUGGACGCCGUUCCCAGGAUAACGACGCUCAAGGACUCCAGGAAUCUGGAGUCGGCGGCGCUUUACGCCGCGCUUGCGGGCGCCGGUUUCUGGGCGGCGAAGGGACUCCGGAGCGCCUCGUGUUCCAGCUGCGUAAAACGGUUCCUUGGACAUACGGACCGCUGCCGAGCGGCGAACAACAACAACGCACCGAUAAGCAACUGCUAUUGUCCCAGGAAGUCUAGCGUUGCCUCGCAGAUUCCCGCGGCCGUUGCGAUAUCCCUAGGAUUUCUUGGGCUUCCCUUUUUACCGGCUAGUAACCUCUUCUUCUACGUUGGUUUCGUCAUCGCCGAGAGAGUUUUGUACCUACCCAGUGUCGGGUUAUGCCUUUUGUUCGGCGCCGGUCUUUGUAAAUUUUAUCGUCACGUGAGACGGACGUCCAGGUCCUAUGGACGGAUCGUUCUCGCCGUUGCCACCGUACUCUUCACCCUCAUGGCGGCCAAAACUUUGAGGAGAAAUCUAGACUGGCACGACGAGGAGAGCCUCUACAGGUCCGCGCUGCACGUCAACCCCCCCAAAGCCUACGGGAAUUUGGGAAGCGUGCUGAGUGCCCAGGGGCGAAUCGCCGAGGCCGAGGAGGCCUUUACCCAGGCUCUUCGGUAUCGACCAAACAUGGCUGAUGUCCACUACAACCUGGGGAUCCUUCAACAAGGAAGGAAAAACUAUGAAGAAGCCAUUCUCAGCUAUCAGCGGGCAAUCCACUUCAGGCCGUCUUUGGCACAAGCGUACGUGAACCUCGGAGCAGCCCUGAUCUCCGCUGGCAGAGGUACGGAGGCUGCGGCGAUCCUGAGAACAGGAGCUUCCCUGGAUGGUUCAGGGCUGAAGGACCGAAGAGCGCACGAGGCGGCGCGGGUUCAAGCCCUCCUUCAGCUGGGGGCCCUCUACGGGGACCAGGGCCGUCUUCAAAGGGCGCUGGCCGCCUACCGGGAGGCGCUGCACGCUCUGCCGGAACACUAUCCACCCCAGAGUGUUUACAACCUGCUAGGAGAGACGCUGUCCAGGCUGCAGCAGUAUGCCGAAGCUGAGAGAUGGUUCCAGGCCAGUUUGGCCAGCCAGCCGGACCACGUGCCCGCUCAUAUCACUUACGGGAAACUUCUAGCUCGCAAUUCUAGUCGCGUCUUGGAAGCUGAAAGAUGGUUUCUUAGAGCACAACGACUGGCUCCUCAAGACUCCAGUGUGCACCAUCACUACGGAGUGUUUCUAACUUCCCAAGGCCGCCUGGCAGAGGCAGCCGAACAGCAUGUGAACGCGGCGGAGCUUUCGACGAAGGAUUACGAGCUUGCGGUGGCUGCGGCCUCGGCGCUGCGUCAAUCGGACCGUCGUGCGGAGGCUGAGACUUGGUACAGACACGCGGCGAUCCUGCGUCCCCAGGAAGCAAGGAGCCACACUAAUCUCGGGGCGAUCUUGCAUCUCAACGGGAAAUACAAGCAGGCUGCCGCGGCCUACGGAGAGGCACUAAGGCUGCAGCCAGGCGACGCAACGACAUUGACCAAUCUACAUAAACUGGCCGCUCUGUUGGCGUGACCAGUAAUCAUUGAAUACAAAUGCAAAUACAAAUCCCUAACUAUGUACUAUAUCCCCUCACCUCAUUUACUCCCUAUUUCUCCCAAUAAUUAUUUAUCUAUAAGUAUCAAUGAUCGUUGUACUAAUAAAUGUACACUAAACUGUACGCCUGCUAUAAUGAUAUAUAAAGAAUAAAGCUUCAUUUAUUUUUGUCUAAAA